AUGAUUGCUUUCCAGCAAAAAAUUUUAAACUUGGUCAAGUGUUUUAGAAGACAAUGGCCUUUGUUUUCAAACUCUGAAAGAACUACUGUAUGUGGAGCAGACUGCAUGCUGUUGGUGUUGCAACUGUCAAUGGCUGAAAUCAAUAAACAGCACUUUGGAGAUUUCACAGUAUCACUCAGUGAUGUGUUGGAAACUUGGAACUAUUUUUUAUAUGACAAGCUGAGAUUAUCAUAUGAAAACAUGAAAGAACCCAACAAUUAUGCUGAUGUAAAAAAAGCCUAUCAUGCCUUCUUAGCAAGAAGCAAUAUGUUAGAUUUAAUAGAUAUACAUCAGAAGUACUGUGAUCUUGGACUUGUAUCUGAAGAUGAAAGCAUAGACUCUGUUCAGCUGUUGGAAUUUAUUUCUGGCAUCAUGAAUGUACAUGAAAAUAAUGGUUCUGUUCUUUCUAAUCCUUCUACGCCUGUCAACAGACAGGGCCAGGAGAAUAUGAAGGUGACAAUCCUGGCAAAGAAGUGCAUUUGUUCAUAUUUAAGCCUGUUGGUGAAUUCUAAGGAUGAUCUGGCAUUGGCUCGUGUUCUAAAUGUUCCUGACAGAGGACUUGAUAGAGAAGCCUUCACUAACCUAAAACAUGCCUCACAGAAGAGAAAUAUGUCAAUUUUCCUGAUGGCAACAUCCUUUAUCCGAACUGUAGAACUUGGAGGAAGAGGCUGUGCAUCUUCAUUAUUUGAUCCUUUAAAAGCCCAUGUAAAGGGACUUUCAAACUUUGUUAACUUUAUUGAAAAACUGCAAGAAAUCAUGGGUGAAAUCUUAAACCCGAGAAUCGCAGGUGGGCGAAUUCUGUCAACAGUGAAGAUGCACUUGAUAAAAGGCCGAAGCAAUGGGGAUCCUUUCUGUAAGGCAGUAGAGGAAGUUGUAGAAGAUUUGGAUUUGAAGAUUAAAAAUAUUAUCGAUUCACAACAGGAAGUCUUGACUGCCAGCACUACUGGAGUCAGUCCAGCACGGCCAAAACUGCAUUCCAUAAACCAUGGCACUGUGUAUUGUGGCAGAGAUACUGUAAAGGUCUUACUAGUUCUUCUUGAUGAAGAAACUGUCAAUCCUCCCACCCAGAACAAAGCAGACCUAUUAUAUGAGGAUGAAAGCUCUAACUUGCUUGGAAUGACCCCUGUUUUAACACUCUUCAAAUCUCCAGUACAAUCAGAUGGAUCUUCUCCAAAACCUCUUAGACAACGUAUUCAGAAAUCUUUGGAUGACAAAACAGUCAAGAUGAAGCAAUCUUCACUCAAAUCUCAGUUUGCAUGUACAUAUAAAAAUGAGCUGAGUGAGAUAAAGGGUCAACAUUUCCUCAGCGGUAGCCAAAUUCCAACUUGCAUAGACCCUGCACCAAAGCAACAUCUAAAAGCUGGAGAUGUCACAGAAGGUAUGAAUUCAUGUCUUGAUGUACCAGUGCUUGGAACUAUUUCUGAAAAUGUUCACCAGACUAGAAGUUAUACAGAAAUGGGAAGGCUGAGUUGUCAGCCAAGAAACAAGUACUCCAAGAAUGAACAGAUGGAUUUGAAUAAUGACAAAGUAAUCUGUGAUAAGGAAAGUGAACCAUCUUUGCAAAAAAAUGCGAAGAGACCUAAAACUUCGAGCAACCCUCAGAAGGAAUUGGAUAGCAGAAAGGAUGGAAAAAGAAAACACAGCAAAACUGCAAGCAAGAAUAAGUUGAUUGCUGGUCAGGCAAAAUUAACUCACUAUUUCCGACUCUAAGUUUUUGUUUUGACACACAUGGCAUCUUGACUGGUUCAGAAGCUUUUAGAAUUUUUGUGAGAGAAGGAUGA